GAACGAGUGGGAGGAAGGAGCGAUAGUGAUCACAGAAAAAAAAGCCCCGCUGUUGUGUGUGUGUAUAAGUGUGCGUGCGGUAUUGGCACACUAGCGGGAGAGAGAGAGAGAGAGAGAGAGAGAGAGAGAGAGAAAGAGGAAGGGGGUAGAAAAAGAGAGCAAGCGACAGAGUGAGCGAGGGAGAGAGAGAGAGAACGUGUGUACGAGGGCUCAUGUAAAACCAGAUUAAAAACACAAGAUGGCUUCCUGAAUGGGCUGCUGGAACACACACAAGAGAGAGACACAGAGAGAGAAGAGUGGAGAGAGAGAGAGAGAUAGAGAGAAGAAAGGGAUAGAGGGAUAGAGGUGAAGACAAGAGGGAGUCGGAGUCUUCUGAUGGGGAUUCGGCCAGCGGACGGAGGAGUACAAACCAAGGCAGCUCAGAGGCUUGGAGGGUGGAAUAUUUUGAAGACAUCAGUCGAGGCUGUGUGGGAACCCUUAAACUGGCAGCUGAGACUGUUCGAGAAGUCAGUUCAGUGGAUGGCCCCAGAAGUGGAGGCCAGAUGGAAAUUGGGUCACAUGAUCGCCUCCAGGAAGGCACGCUGAGCCUGGAACUGGCCAAUGGGGUGAAUUGCUACCAGAGUGAUGAUGAGGCAUCUAUGGAAACAGAGCAGCAGAGGGCAGGAAGUGUACCUCCAAGGCAGUGUUGGGUGGCAGGACAUGGCAAAGUCAGUGACACCCAACAACAGCAGCCACGUUGGAACAGCAGCAGUGGGGCAACCCCAAGUGAGCCUGUUCACCAUGCAAACAUGGAGGAUGCCCACAACCUGGUGGCUUUUUCUGCUAUUGCUGGCUCAUUGCCUCCCUCUUCUUCCUCUUCCUGCCCUCGCCCUAAGCCUAACACAGCCCAGUUAUAUGAGAGGUUCACCCAGGAAAUGGUUGCUGAUGGGGGUCAGGCCAGACUGUCGGCUGGGGCUCCUGAGGCAAGCCGCCAACCUCCAGAAGACCUGAACACCCUACAGACAGCACUAAGCCAAGCCAAACAUGGACACAAGCCCCCUAACUGUAACUGUGAUGGGCCUGACUGUCCAGACUACCUUGAGUGGCUGGAAAAGAAGAUUAAGUUGGCAAACAGUGAGGACCAAGGUUCCCACAAGAUCACUGAUAAUCCCCCACAUUUACAGCCUCAUCUACAGCAACCAAUUUUGCAGCAUCAACCUCAUCCCUACACCCAGGUGAAUGGUGGCCACCGACUUUCUACUUCAUACUCCCAACAGCUACAGGCAUCUCAAGGACCUCACCCGGAACAAAUGCCCCGCCCCAAACCCCCAAUUCCUUGCUCUCCCCAGGUGCUCUCCAUAGCUAAGGAAAAGAACAUCAGUCUUCAGACAGCCAUUGCCAUAGAAGCCCUGACCCAGUUAUCUGGUACCAGUCCACAAGCUGUGGGCUCUCCAGGUCAAACCCCUUACAACAAUAACCUCCAUCGCCACCAAUAUACCCAGAACCUCCCAUCCCAGCCCCCCAAUGGCUCUAGCUUGAUUCAAUCGUCUCCUGGCAGCCACUCAUCUUCCUCACGCUCUCAGUCUGUCCCUCCUGGAGUACACACCAACCAGAGGGUCCCAAUGUCCUGUGAGCACCAAAGGCCCCAAUCCCAGGGCCAGCCGCCUCAUGCUACUCCUCUCCCUCCCUCUACCUCUCCCUUUCCAGGUCAGGGAAAGUCUCCAGGCUUCAGUCCCAAUCCGCAUCAAUGGCAGCAGAGCUCAGGAAGAGGCUCUGAACAAAGGAACCCAUGGAUGUGUGUGAAGUCUGAGCCCAAGUCUCACUUCGCUGCAGCACCUCACAGUAGCUCAGACCCUAUGUCAGAGCUUAAACAGCUGCUUGGUGACACCAGUGGCAAGUUCAGCAAUGCUCCUUUCAAGCUUCCAGUCACACAGCAGCUCAGCUUGAACCAGAAUGGAGGUGUGCAGGCCCAUGACAACCCAGUACUGUCCAGAUUAAAGCAAGAGCAAGACUCUGGUGAGCAUUACCAUCACACUGCCUCCAUGGGACAUUAUGGCAUGGUUAAUGGUCAGCAGCAGGGUCAGCAUUACCUUGGCACUCCCCUAUCACCUGGCCAAGCAGCCAUCAGUCAUUCCACUCAGGCAGCUCUGCAACAACACCUUCACUACAAGAGGAACCUCUUCUCUAACCACUCCUCUGGAUUUGGAGCAGCAGGCCCACAUGCGCCUUUGGCUUGCCAGAACCUGAAAAAAUGGUGGCCACAGACGGAGGCAGAAGGUUUACCACCUUUGGACAUCAAGCAGAAACCUAAGGAGCCCAAGAAGAAAAAAAGCGUCCAGGGAUCUCCUGUCAUAAAAGCUAUGGGUGGGAUUCUAACAGGCUCUCCCCUGCCCAAACCCAAACAGAUAAUCAUCAAGAAAACCAAGCAGAAAGCAUCCAUGCCAACCUUCCUGCCUCAGACUCAGAUCACAAUACAAAAAACCCCAGUCCUCAUGAUGGACAGAGCCCCGGCCCUGACCAGCCUGCAAGCAGGUUGUUUCCCCUCUCUGCCCCUCCACAGUAACUCCACUCAGGCUGCUGCUGCAGGCCUCCCUGCCCCAGCCCAAUCUCAGGUAUCUAUUUCCAACUCCUCAAUGAAUCCCUCUUCUACUGUUUCUGCUUCGUCGGAAAACACUCCAGCCCUGAUGAGCCCUCUGCCCCAACCCUUGGCCCCUGUAGCCAAUGCUAAGUCAGAAGGACUGGGCACCCUGUCCUGCAGUAACACCAGCACCACCAUACCUAUGACCUCUACAUCACCAUCCAGCACCUCACAAUUACCAAGUCUUAUCAACAUUGACCCGAAGUAUGAAGAUCUGAUUCGCCAGUUUGAGGCUGAAUUUGGGGACACUGUCCCAGAUGCAUCCGCAAGUCAGUCCAUGGAGGAAACUGCAGCAGCCCCACACCUGGGAAAUAAGUCCCAGUCCAGUCCUCAGGGCCUCAGUCCCACAUCAUCAUCCACCUUCCAAUCGGCUCCCCUAAUUCUCACAACUCAAGACAGCUCCUCACUUCAGCCAAAUGAUCAGGAGAAGGAAGUUCACAAGGAUGAGUCAGGGACCCAUAGUGAGGCAACAUUGAACCAGGCAUCCACAGAAACGCAUGAGGAGGAGCAGCAUGAGGGGUCAUAUGUCUCUCUGCAUCAUCAGGCAAUUCUGGACAAACUGCAGCAGCCCAGUGUGUUAGAGGAUAAUAUGCCGUGUUCCCCGCUGCCUAAACGCAUGAAGAUUGAAGCCUCGGGUGAUAUAGCAGUACUGUCCACCAUGUGCUAUUCUGAAGAGGACACCCCAACAAAGGACAGUCUGCCUUCUUCUCCAUCUCUCAAAGGCUUCCUAGAGUCUCCUCUGCGCUAUCUAGACACCCCCACCAAGAGCUUGCUGGAUACUCCUCCCAAGGAUCUACAGUCAGAGUUCCCCCUCUGCACCUGUGUGGAAAAAAUUGUGGAGAAGGAUGAAGGGCCAUACUACAAUCACCUUGGAUCUGGACCUACUGUGGCCUCCAUCCGAAAUCUGAUGGAGACCAGGUAUGGAGAGAAAGGGGAAGCUGUCCGGGUUGAGAAAGUGGUGUACACAGGCAGAGAGGGAAAGAGCUCACAAGGAUGUCCUAUUGCAAAAUGGGUGAUCCGUCGUGGCAGUGAGACAGAGAAGCUGCUGUGUCUGGUGCGUGAGCGUGCAGGCCACCACUGUGCCAACGCUGUCAUCAUUAUCCUCAUUAUGGCCUGGGAAGGUGUCCCGAGGAUGCUGGCUGACAAGCUGUACCACGAGCUCAGUGAAACCCUCACUAAAUACGGCAACUCCACCAGCCGGCGCUGUGGCCUAAAUGAUGAUCGCACCUGCGCGUGUCAAGGCAAGGAUAUCGAUACUUGUGGUGCUUCCUUCUCCUUCGGCUGCUCAUGGAGUAUGUACUUUAAUGGCUGUAAGUACGCUCGCAGCAAAACGCCACGCAAGUUCAGGCUACAAGGACAUCACGCUGAAGAGGAGGACAAACUCGGGGAUAACUUUCAGCAUCUAGCGACUGAGGUGGCUCCUCUGUACAAACGGCUGGCCCCACAGGCGUACAGUAACCAGUGCCAGACAGAGUUGAGAGCUCCAGAAUGCAGGCUGGGCUUAAAGGAAGGCCGGCCGUUCUCUGGAGUCACUGCUUGCAUGGACUUCUGUGCCCAUGCUCAUAAGGACCAGCACAACCUCCCUGAUGGUUGCACAGUGGUGUGCACUUUAACCAAGGAGGACAACCGUGCGGUGGGGGAGAUCCCUGAGGACGAGCAGCUUCAUGUGUUGCCGCUUUACAAGAUCUCCCCGACUGAUGAGUUUGGCAGUAAGGAGGGCCAGCACCUCAAGAUGCAGACCGGAGCCAUCCAGGUGCUUCAGACUUUCCGCCGUGAAGUGCGCAAGUUGCCCGAACCUGCUAAGUCUUGCAGACAGCGCCGUCUGGAGGCCAAAAAGGCUGCCUCCGAGAAGAAGAAAAAUAAACUCAUGCAGCAGACAGGGGAGACGCCGGAGAAAACAGUGGUCCAGACUAAGGUCUGCGGUUCACCUCAACCCGAAGGCAAUAAAGCAAUUAUUAAACAAGAGAUGAAGCCCAACAUCAAGAAGGAGCCCUUCGACGGAUCAAUAGAUGGAUACCCUGUGCAGCCAGCAGACCCAUUCAACAACAUUUAUCCACACCCUGCCUACUAUGCAAGGGGAGGCCUCCCCACAACUGGCCAGCCCUCUGCACCAGAUCCAGUAAACGGUUACCAUCCGCCACCCACUCUGCCCUCUGUGCACUAUGGCUACUACAACUACCCUCCAAAUGCACUUUUCCCCCCUAAGCUAAGGACCUAUGAGGGUCGAAAUGGUUCUUUGCCCAAAGCAGGUGGUAAUGCUGUCCAAGUAGACAAGAAGCCUGAUAUUCAGAGUCUUCGGGCUAAACUGGCCCAGUCCUACCCCAGCCACCUGGAGCAAACCAACCAACCACACCAUAGCGCUUAUGGCCAGCCUGCAGAGUACAACCAUUCCCGUCCUUCCUCUGUCUCCUCUGAGCACUCCAACAUAGGCACUCCAGUAAUUAAACAGGAGCCUAUGGAUGUGCCAGUGUACGAAGGCACAUUGCCAAGCCAGGCUGGGGCUAACACACCUAGCAGCACCAUCCAGCAUGCUGCCUGGCCAGGGCACAAGCUUAAUGGUAGUAUCAUUCCCACAAACUGGGACAGCCAUCUAAACCAUAAACAAAGUCCUGAAGCAUCAUCGUUGAACCUGGAAAAGCAGCAGUUUCACCAGCACCCCCAGCAGCGGCAGCACUCUCCUUUCCCCCAGCAGUGGCCCUCCUACCCUGGCUCAAAUGCCAUGAUGGCUUCCCCUGCCCCAUCACCAUCACUCCAGAUACCUCUGUCUCCGUCCUCUAACCCAGGCACACCACAUCUAGGUAAUAUAUACCAAGGCUCCCCUCGUCCUCCCACUCCACGCCCAAGCACCCCUCACCCUGGUACACCACAGCCUGGCACCUCUCACUCAGGCUCAGUUACCCCACAGCCAGGUACCCCAGGCCCCGGCACGCCAAGGCACUGGCCCAGCCCUGCUCCUAGUCCUCAACCGAAUCCCUGGGCCAUGGGGCCUGCUGCGUAUAGCCCUGGUUUGAAGCACAGCAAUCCCGCAGGAGCUUACCCUGACAAAAUCUGGUCCAAGACUGGGGAGAGUCGCUGUUCCACUCCCCUUGGGCUCCAGGAGAAAGCCUGGAAGUCUUGUGGAGGUUCAGUGGCAGGCAGUACCCCAUCCCCUGCCCCUGAGGGCCGCCUCUUCCCUGAUUCCCUGCAGCAGUCAGAUCAGGCCUGCUGGGACAUGGGGCGAGCUGACAGUGACACCAAGAGCACCCAUGGUCGGGAAGAUGAUGAUGAUGAGGUAUGGUCUGACAGUGAGCACAACUUCCUGGAUCCUAAUAUUGGGGGUGUAGCGGUUGCACCAGCCCACGGCUCCAUCCUGAUUGAAUGUGCCAUUCGGGAAUUACAUGCCACUACGCCACUCAAAAAGCCUGAUCGCUCCCACCCCACCCGCAUCUCCCUGGUCUUCUACCAGCACAAGAACCUCAACCAGCCUGUGCACGGCCGGGGUCUGUGGGAGGCCAAAAUGAAGCUGCUGGCAGAGCGAGCGCUGCAAUGGCAGAGGGAAGCAGCUCUCCGUGGACUCUCCCAGGAAGACAUUAAGGCCCUUGGUAAGAAACGCAAGUGGGGGGCUACUGCGGCAGGUGCCAGUCCAGGACCUGGACAAUCUAAAGACACGAGGGAGGGGCCGGUGACGCGGUUAGCCCCCAUCUUUCACACCACCUCUAUGGUUACUGUGUCUCCCUAUGCCUUCACCCGCCUCACUGGGCCCUACAGCUACUUAGUCUGAGGUCAGACAGACACAAAACUGACUUGGUGGUGCUGUGAAGGGCUGGAGAGAGUGAUGAGCAGGAUUAAUGUCUGUCCGCCAUCUUGCAGUCUGGCAUCUCUCCAUCCUGCCCCCUCCGCUGUCCUCUUGGAGGAGGGGACAUUUUUAUUUUUUUUUACCUCAUGUCAGGCAGUGGUUUGGGCUUCAGACACACUGCCUGUGGUGCUCUUCCUCUCACUUCCCUGGAGAGGAACUCCAUUGCUUUUUCUUGUUUAUAGAAUAUUAAUGGUUCUAAUUAUUGCUAUUAUUAUCAAUAUAAUUAUGAUUGCUAUUGUUGCUGUCAAUGUUCAAGUUCAUGUUGUUAUUACAGGUAUUAUAAUGAAGACUUGUUUGUUUUCUAUUAUUGCUGUUUUCAUUAAUAUUAUUAAUGAUGUGAUUUUUUUUCUUAUAUAUUUUUUUAAACCAAUCAGUCUGAGUCAGUCAGACUCAAACUAUUUUUUUUUCCAUUUGGAAAACGUGUACCCUAUUUUUCUGUUCAAUCUUCUUUGUUCUUGUGAGUUUUCUAGCUGUGCUUAGAGGAGGAGCCAUUAUCUGCCUCACAAGAAAGCAAAUCAAUAUUCCAGAAAUAUUGUCUGUGAAUCAAAAAGCCUUUCGAGCAGGCUUGCCACAAACCCGUCUCUAUACUGACAACAAACAGAUAUAUAGCUUUAAUUAUAAGUUGGCCAGUUUAGGCCUCCCUAAAGGAAAAUUCCAAUAUUAUCAAUGUGGUCCUAAACAUCCUCAUUUUGGCCGUCAUGAGGAUUUUGUUAAAAUUUUUAUUUGCAUAUACAUUCUAUUAUGAUAAAUAUUGUCUACACACAUGGUAAUGGAGUAUAUCGUAUUUCCAAAUUAUCGAUUGUAAUUGUGCUGAUGCAACCCAUCAUACCUUUUUAGAUAUUCCAUUUACACAGCAGAGGAGCAGUGGUUGGUUUCAGUGUGUAUGGGAAAACAGAGAACCUAGAAGGCUGAAACCGAGCUCUGAAGUCAGCAAUAAUAAUUUAUCAUUAACAAAUCCAACUAUUCGGAUGCUAAAGGUGGGAAAAUAGCUCCAUUUUAAAAUUGCCAUUAGCCCUUGGACAAUACAUUGCUUCUUCUCUUGUCCUUAGAUGAUGUGCUCCUCCUCUUCUACGCUCAUCCAGCUUUCAACUGGUGCUCAACUUUCAGCUCUGAUCGAUUUUCAUUCCACUACUCUUCAUGGCACUUGAUGCUGUAGUUGUUCUGGUGCUCUAGCUCACAUCUGCCUCGAAUAGCAUUUGCAAGUUAAUAUUUUUGUUUUGACCAAAACAAAUUAUUACUAGACUGAUUGGUCUUGUCACUAAUGGUUAGACAAUGGUGCAGGGAAUUUAUCAUGCAAUGAAAAGUAUCUUGCAGAUAUUACAAAUUCGUUGUUUUCCAUGUGGAAAACUGUACGUAUCUGUUAUUCCACUGAGGCUAAAAUGAGUGAUAUUAUUUUCAAAUGCCAUUUGACCCAGAUCAGCAAUUAACACAGAGGUGUAACACGUGGCGCUCUUUAUCUUCCUAUUCAAGUAGUGGUGAGCACUUCCCAGUGUAAACUCUAGAGGGCAGCAGUGACCGCUGUUUCAAAGUGGUGCAUACAAACAAACCUACAAGCACUUGAGAUCCUUUCAGAAGCCAGAUGAGCCUUGCUUUGCUGCUUUGACCACCUAUGGCCAGUAGAGGGUAAUGUCAUACCCUGUCUGCUGACCAUGGAUGGGCCUUGUCCAAAGCAGCGCGAGGUAAAAACUGAUCUUUGUCCAUCGUGGCACAAAUGUGAAUGAAGUCUGGAGAUGAAGCCCACCCAGGUUGGCAGCAGGAAACCGUGUUGGGAUAGCAGUGCUUUCGGUGCAACUAGACACACUCUGGUGCUCUCCUAUUACACUUGAUUUACUGUGAGGGGCCCACUCCUCUUCCUCUGCAUGGUGCUGUCAUCUUCGAGCAGAGCAUGUGUGGUGUGUCCCUCUGCAGGCACCUUGUCACCACAGAGCCAGCCAAUCAAAGUGGCUGCCUGGUGGUCGCACUUCUGCCACUGGGCUUAAGAAAACCGGUUCCUUUUUGAGGUGUUUUGGCAGUUUGUCGUGGCAAAGUGGUUUUGUCUCACACAAUAGUACACUGUACAGGGCAGAGAAAGCACAGUCAUUCGUACAUGCAUUCUUGGUCACUCCUUCACAGAGAAAACAACAGUACGAAGAGUUGAAGGGAGAAAAUGACUGUCACUUCUGGGAGUAGGCAGCGAAUGCAAAAGCAAUGAGUCAAUGAAUCUCUCACUUUGUGUGUGUGUGUGUGUGCGUGCGCGCAUGUGUGUGUGUGCGUGUGAGUGAAAGAGAAAGAACCAAAGAGAGAGACUAUUUGAUAAAUCGCUCAUUUUUAUUUUUCUCUCCAUGAAGCAGGUUACUAUGAUGGUGUCACAGUUUGCAACAUGUGAUUAAAAUGAACAUGAGCGACUAAUAGAACUUGAUUCAGACUAACUCCUGGAUGCUGGUUGGUUGUUUGGCCUCAGGCCCUGGUCAUCUGUGAAAGACCCUGUUACCUCUCCCGGGGGUCUCCAGCUCUCUACCUCAUGCUGUAGAGACACUGGUCAUAAUCCCAACGUGCUACUGAGGGCAGAGAAUCAUGCAUAUGUCCCUUUGUGUGCUCUAGAUGUCCUCACUCACUUUAACCUGCGUUUUUUUUUUAGUUUGUUUUUUUACUCUUAUUUAUUACUACAUGGUGAUGAUGAUGAUGAUGAUGAUGAUGAAAAUGAUUGUCUUUGAUGUUUUUUUUUCAUCUUUUUUUAUAUAGCUAAUACAAAAAAUUGUACAUACAGAAGAAAAGAUUUAUAAAAACACUUUUAAUCUUGAUUUCAAUGACAAAAAGAAAGAGCCGAAUAUUGACAACUUGAAGCUUAGGGUUUCUUUUUUAUUUUCUCAAGAGAGAGAUAAAAAAAAAAAUGUAAAUAUUAAAAUAUUUAGGUAAGAUUAUUUAACUGGUGAGGAUAGUGACUAAACCAUGAAUGACAAGGGGGUAUUUUAAAGUCUCUGACAGCCCUUGACGACCGUAAGCAACACUUGGACCCGAUGUGUUGAGUGUAAAUGUGUGCUUAGUAACACUGUAGUUUUGAUUUCUUUAGUACUGUACCCCAUGUCAGCAUGUAACUGACGAAGACCUGUCACUUUCUUAAAAAAUUCAUCAACCCAAUUAUCUAACAGGAAACUGCACUCAACUUGCUCACAGACGAUCCCCCGCAUCGAAAUUUUCUCACCAAAUCCCCUACAAAAAUGAUAAAUUGUAGAAUUUUAUGGAGAAAAAAAAGAAGGGUCUGCUUGACAACCAGGAUUUCAUUCUAUAUAUAUAUUUUUUUAACAGCAGGUGUCAAACAACACAAGAGAAACUCUCUCAUUACGAAUGUAAAGUAAUGUCAAAUUCAAAUUUAUCAAUGGUCUAAGGUCGGAAAGUUAAGGACAAAUCAAAAUUGGAAGCUAGACACCUGAUCUGUGCUGUAUGUUGUUUAAAGGGUUAGUUCAACAGUUUGGUAAAUUCACCUACGAGGUGUUGCAACAGAGGGAAACGACUAGCCUGGCCCUGUCCAAAGGUAACUCCUACUAGUACCUCAAAAGCUCACUAGUUAGCAUCCUUCAUUAAGUCCCUGGCCUGGAACUAGUUCAGCACAUAUCCCCCGUUUUCGUAUGGAUCACACCACUGUGACAGUUUAUUACUGAGCUGUAGAGGUGCUCAUAGGCUGGUACUGUUACAUUUGGACAGAGGCAGGCUAGUUUUUUCGUUUUCUGUGCUGAGAACUGAGAACGAUGUUGCAUUGUUCCUGUAAUAUCAGUAGAAUUUCCCAUGAUAGCUUAACCAGCAGAGCCACAUAUUCUGGACGUUCAGGAACAAAGAGCUAGUCUAAAGUGAAUCAGUGGGCGAUGAUUAUUAUAAAAAAUUAAAAAUCACACUCUUUGUCAGUUCUGUUUGACUAUCAGGUAAGACAGCCUCCCUGCUUGUUUAGAUGUAUCUGUCAUAAUUAUCUAAUCUAGUUCUCAUAAUUGUAAGUAUGCACUUGGCAUAAUAAUCAUGACGCCCCUGCGGAAGACGCACAGUGUUGUGAUGAUAAUUAUAUGACAUUGUGGUUAACAAUAGUGUGAUUGGUGCAGGGACUGGGCCCAUUUUCCUUUUGAACCAUGAUGCAUGGCCCACACAUAUACACACUUGUCUAAUUAAAGGGUGCUGAGGAUACGGUGGGUUUCUUCAUAACUUAAUAAUGUAAAUUUGUCUUGGGAGUUUGGCAGAUGGUUCCCAUGCGAGGCGCCACCUCCCAAGCACGUACCAGAUUGGGGGGGGGUCAGCUGGUGCUAUUAUGAUGCAACACCUUAAAUUCACUGUGUAAAAAUUUGAGGGAUGAAUGAUCACCACAAACAUAUUUCUGAGGUCCUCGGAUGUCAAGAGAAUUUGACAUGAGAUUCAAGCAGUUUCACGGGAUGGGGCGCUGCCCUGGUGCUGACUUUAUGAGUCAAGUCUUUUGUUACAACGCUACAAAUUUACAUCUCUUUUUGAGUGUGCAGAGGGGGGCACUCGAACAGCUGAUCACAUUCUCUAUUAGUAUUCAUUCCAUGUUGUACUUGAAGUCACUUAAACUAGAACGAGAUAUAGAAUCAUAUUAUAUGAAGACUGUUAUCUGGGGUUCACGUUUGGUACUGGGCAAGUACCAAAGGCUAUUGAAUUUUUUGUUGUUGUUGUAUAUGUUCAUGUUAACUGAAAACUAAGAUAUUUGAACAAUACAAGAAUAGCAAUUGUGUACUGCCUCCCUCUUCCUCUCCCUAGUCAUGCACUUCCUUUACUCAACCCCUCUCUUUCUCUUAACACCUUGUAUAUUUUGUCUUUUUCUCACACACACAAACGUAGAUAUACAUGUGCAUCGCACCGUGUAUGGCCCACCCUUUAGAAGUCUAUGAACACCUAAUUCAAUGAACACUCCAAAUUUGGGAUAGAGACUUGGACCCUGGCCCAUACACUGACACACACACACACACACACACA